CUGCAGAGGGAGUCGAGAUGUUCGAUAUUGCUUCCGUGACUAACGGAUCAGCAAAGAAGGCUUCAGUACUCUUCACAUUUAAAGCCGAUACAAUUUUUUCCGCAGAUGAUGGGUUAAUUUGGUCUUUAUCAGAAAUUUUUGUUCCCGACAUUGUAAAUUAUUAAAACGGCAAGUUCCAAGAAAUACCUAACUGACAAAACACACAAAACUAAAUUGAGAUUUCUAUGGUAACCAGUUUAAUCAUUCAAGAAUGAGUUGAGGUAAAAUGGUUUCAAAUUGUAUCAGCUUUCAAAACACAGCAAAGAAACAUGAAACUUCCACUGGAAAGUGUCAUCGGUUUAUCCCACAAGUGCCCCAGGAAUUCGAUUGCAGAGUCAAAGCAACAAUUAAACGAGAAUUGCUAAAUAAGGAUCUUGCCAUCAGAAAUGAGGAAUUUGAAACGUGGUAUUCCAAGGAAUACCCGCGGAAAGUUAUUUUACCCGACCAGUUAUUCAGACCGCCACAAAACCAGUGUUUGGAAUAUCUAAGGAAUGUGGAAGAAAAGUUGUUUGUUAAUCCUCCUCCUCCGAUAGCGCUUCCUCUUUCAGAAAUGAAAGAUUCAUUCCGAAUGAAUUACAUCCCGCCCAGCAUAGAAGAAGUUAAAGCUCCUGUUGUUACAGCAAAGUGUCAUGUGAGUAAGCUGGGUUGUGAGCAACAACCAGCCAUCCAGCCUCACACAAAGGGAUUUUGGAAAUGGACAGACCCUUAUUUAACUGUCUACAAGUCCGAAUAUAUACACCAUGAAGACCUACCUGACGAUAAAACACUCACGUUUUACAACCAAGGUGAAUUCGAUUUGCCUCCGUCUUCCGGUAAUAAAACAAUGUUCGAUAGACAAAUAUUCAAAAAUGUGUUGCCGGUGAGGCUGAUGUCGAGGUCAUUGAAACGCGUUCCCAAUUUUGGUAUGCAAUCGGAAUACCAGGAUCACUACAUCAAACAAACCUUCUCGUAUUUAUACCCCCAUCUGCAAGACAGAUGUACGCUGUUUGAGGAUUCAUUGUCCGAGGCAAGUCGAUGGCAAAACUUGCCACCUCCGGGAAUGUAUUGUUCUGAAUACUGUAAUAUUGGAGGUUUCUCGGUCCGAAGGGUCGUAGAUCAAAGCACACCGACGAAAGAAAUUGUUCGAACGAAGAAAUGUUGCCGAAUUUAAUUACCUCUAAU